GCGCGAAGCCGCCGUCGCCCAGAUUCCCUUGCACUGCCGCUCGCAGCUGCUCCAGGAGCACCGUUGCUCCGGGGCUGUUCCCGCGAAACGCCCGGGGGGACCGGCGCGCCCGGCUCUUCCUUCCUCCCGGGCGCAUUUCCGGGCGGGCAGGAGGGGCUCCAUCCGGACGGGGGCGCGGGUGCUGCGCCGGGUCCGCCGCAGAGGAGGAGGGCAGAUGAAUGGUAGGAGAGGAAAUUGAGAUGGAUCCCUGCAUCAAAUAAGCAGAAACCAGUGAGCAUGAAGUGAGAAAAGAGGGAAUUCGAAAUGAAAGGAUAUCAAAAGAACACAAGACGACCGAAUACAGAACAAGAGGAAAACAUCUGAUAUUUCUCAAUGUCCUGCAAACACUCGCCCUUCAUUCCUUUGAGUCCCGGAAAGAGGAAGGGGAAAGAAUCUUGUUUUUGACAGAUAACCGAAUGAUGGAAGAAUGUCUGGAUCCUAAGUAGAGCAAGGAAUGAGGCCAAAUGAAUGUGCAGAACGCUGAAAGAGCAUCGAACUAGGGACGAGAGUUCAUCAACUCCCGGUGUGCAGAAGCCCUUUGAACCCGUGCAGUGUGGAAGGAGGCUCAGAGAUAGCCGAGGUUUAGUGAGCAUCACUGAUCCAGCACUUGGAGGAAGCCACAUCAAGUCAUGGAAGGAAGGCUGAUCUUAAGUGCUGUCGGGACGCUUAGAAAAAGCGGCCGGGUGCAGAGUGGAGAGCAGCCGUCUAAAUGCACAGAAUGUGGGAAGAGCUUCAGUGGUGCUGGAAAUAAUUCUGGGCAGCAAAGAAAGGAUGUAGGGGAGGAGCCAAACAAGUGUAUGGGAUGCAGGAAGGGCCUCCAUGAAAGUGGAGGUCUUAGUAAACAUCAAGGAUUCCACAGUGGAGAUGCACCAUAUUCAUGUACGGAAUGUGGCAAGAGCUUCACUCAAAGCGGGCAGCUUACUAUGCAUCAAAGAACACACUCUGGGGAGAAGCCAUGCAUAUGCGUGGAAUGUGGCAAGAGGUUCAGCUGCAGUCGUGCUCUUAACAUCCAUCACAGAACGCACUCUGGGGAGAAGCCAUACACGUGCAUGGAGUGUGGCAAGAGCUUCAGUGACAGAGGAAAUCUUACAAUCCAUCAAAGAACGCACUCUGGGGAGAAGCCAUACACAUGCAUGGAAUGUGGCAAGACCUUCAGUAAUAGAGGAAAUCUUACACGCCAUCAAAAAACGCACACUGGGGAGAAGCCAUACACAUGCAUGGAAUGUGGCAAGAGCUUCAGUGUCAAAGGAUCUCUUAUACUCCAUCAAAGAAAGCACACUGGGGAGAAGCCAUACAUAUGCAUGGUAUGUGGCAAGAGCUUCAGUAAUAGAGGAAAUCUUACACGCCAUCAAAGAACGCACACUGGGGAGAAGCCAUACACAUGCAUGGAAUGUGGCAAGAGCUUCAGUGUCAGAGGAUCUCUUACAAUCCAUCAAAGAAUGCACACUGGGGAGAAGCCAUACACAUGCAUGGAAUGUGGAACGAGCUUCAGUCAACUGGGGCAGCUUACCAUGCAUCAAAGAAUGCACACUGGGGAGAAGCCAUACACAUGCAUCGAAUGUGGCAAGAGCUUCAGUGUCAAAGGAUCUCUUACACUCCAUCAAAGAAUGCACACUGGGGAGAAGCCUUACACAUGCAUGGAAUGUGGAAUGAGCUUCAGUCAACGGGGGCAGCUUACCAUGCAUCAAAGAAUGCACACUGGGGAGAAGCCAUACACAUGCAUGGAAUGUGGCAAGAGCUUCAGUAAUAGAGGAAAUCUUACACGCCAUCAAAAAACGCACACUGGGGAGAAGCCAUACACAUGCAUGGAAUGUGGAAAGAGCUUCAGUGUCAAAGGAUCUCUUACACUCCAUCAAAGAAUGCACACUGGGGAGAAGCCAUACACAUGCAUGGAAUGUGGCAAGAGCUUCAGUCAAAAUGGAAAUCUUAUCAGCCAUCAAAAAACACACACUGGGGAGAAG